CUCGGACAAAUUCCCUCCAAGUUUGAAGUAGUUUUAGGCACAUAGGGUUUGGACUUUGGAAAGGCUUAUUCUCCGCUCUCGUCUGAAACCUGAAACCCUUUGUUCUUCGUCGGCGGAAGCAUGUCAUCGUCAUCAUCAAGCAACGCCUACGACGUGCCAUGGGUAGAAAAGUACCGUCCCAGCAAGGUCGCCGACAUCGUCGGCAACGAGGACGCCGUCUCCAGGCUCCAAGUCAUCGCUCGCGACGGCAACAUGCCCAAUCUCAUUUUAUCCGGUCCUCCCGGAACCGGCAAAACAACUAGCAUUCUCGCCCUCGCGCACGAGCUUCUCGGAGGACCAAAUUGCAAGGAAGCUGUUCUCGAACUAAACGCUUCGGAUGAUAGAGGAAUUGAUGUUGUGAGGAACAAGAUCAAGAUGUUUGCUCAGAAGAAAGUCACACUGACCCCGGGGAGGCACAAGAUAGUGAUACUGGAUGAAGCUGAUAGCAUGACCACAGGGGCACAACAAGCAUUGAGAAGGACGAUGGAGAUAUAUUCAAACACCACUCGGUUUGCCCUUGCUUGCAAUACCUCAGCUAAGAUUAUUGAGCCCAUUCAGAGUAGAUGUGCCAUUGUGCGAUUUUCACGGUUGUCUGAUCAAGAGAUACUUGGUCGUCUCAUGGUUGUGGUUCAAGCUGAGAAGGUUCCCUAUGUUCCUGAAGGACUUGAAGCCAUCAUUUUCACAGCUGACGGUGAUAUGAGACAGGCAUUGAAUAACUUGCAAGCAACAUACAGUGGGUUCCAAUUUGUUAACCAAGCAAAUGUUUUCAAGGUUUGUGACCAGCCACAUCCACUGCAUGUGAAGAAUAUGGUGCGUAAUGUGAUUGAAGGGAAUUUUGAUGAAGCUUGUUCAGGCCUCAAGCAACUGUAUGACUUGGGAUAUUCCCCCACAGAUAUCAUCACGACACUCUUUCGUAUAAUAAAAAAUUAUGAUAUGGCCGAGUACCUGAAAUUGGAAUUCAUGAAGGAAACUGGUUUUGCUCAUAUGAGAAUUUGUGAUGGAGUUGGUUCUUAUCUUCAGUUGUGUGGUCUAUUGGCUAAGCUUUCUCUAGUUCGUGAGACAGCUAAAGCUGUAUGAGCUGGUCCUAAGUGCAACUGAGAUGUCAUUAUUUUUAACUUUUCCGAUAGUGAAAUGUUCUGCUGAUGUAGCCUUAUAUUUUUUAUGUCCAGAUGCUAACUGAUACAUCAAUGUUUCGGCUUCUAUAAAUAUGUUGUGUUUUAGCUUGGAUCAAUAACUCCCACUUUUGAAAAUAUUUUAUCUGUAUAUUUAGUUA